AUGUCUAAAGGAAAGGUUUGUUUGGCAUAUUCAGGAGGUUUAGACACCUCCGUUAUCUUAGCUUGGUUAUUAGAACAAGGAUAUGAAGUAAUUGCAUUCUUAGCCAACAUUGGUCAAGAAGAAGAUUUCGAAGCUGCUGAAAAGAAGGCAUUGGCUAUUGGUGCAACCAAAUUCGUCGUUGUUGAUGUUCGUAAGGAGUUUGUGGAAAAGGUCUGUUAUCCAGCAAUUCAAGCCAACGCCGUUUACGAAAAUGUAUACUUGUUGGGAACUUCAUUGGCUAGGCCAGUUAUUGCCCAAGCACAAAUAAAGGUUGCUGAAGAAAAUGGAUGUUUUGCUGUCAGUCAUGGAUGUACUGGUAAGGGUAAUGAUCAAGUCAGAUUUGAAUUGAGUUUCUACGCUUUGAAACCAGAUGUUGUUGUGAUUGCACCAUGGAGAGAUCCUGAAUUUUUCAAUAGAUUUGCUGGAAGAAAGGACUUGUUAGACUACGCGGCUGCUAAAAGCAUUCCGGUUGCACAAACCAAGGCAAAGCCAUGGUCUACGGAUGAAAAUUUGGCACAUAUUUCCUUUGAGGCAGGUAUCUUGGAAGAUCCUAACACCACCCCACCAAAAGAUAUGUGGAAAUUAACAGUUGAUCCAACCGACGCUCCAAAUAAACCAGAAAUAUUCUCUGUUGUUUUUGAAAAAGGUUUGCCUGUCAAGUUGAUUUUGGAUGGGCAAAACAAGACCUUCACCGAUCCCGUUGAGUUAUUUACUGAAGCAAAUGCAUUAGCCAGAAGGAACGGUGUUGGAAGAAUUGAUAUAGUGGAAAACAGAUUUAUCGGUAUCAAGUCAAGGGGUUGUUAUGAGACUCCAGGUUUAACUAUUUUGAGAUCAACUCAUAUUGAUUUGGAAGGAUUGACUAUGGAUCGUGAAGUCCGAGCCAUUAGAGAUCAAUUUGUAACGCCUACUUGGGCCAAGAUAUUAUACAAUGGUAUGUACUUUACUCCUGAAGGUGAAUACGUCAGAUCUAUGAUCCAACCAUCUCAAAACACAGUCAAUGGGGUUGUUAGAGCAGCUUGUUACAAAGGAUCGUUGACGAUCUUGGGCAGAUACUCCGACACUGAGAAAUUGUAUGACGAGACGGAGUCUUCAAUGGAUGAGUUGACUGGAUUUUCUCCAGAAGACACAUCUGGAUUCAUUGCUGUGCAAGCCAUCAGAAUUAAAAAGUAUGGUGAAGCUGCUAGAGAAAAAGGUAAUCAAUUACAACUUUAA